AUGCACGCCCUUGCACGCCCUCUCCUCCGCAAACCCUACCACCACUCCACUCGUCCUCUCUUCUUCCUCGCGCGCUCACUAUCAUCCACCACUUGCACCAUGGGCGCUGGCGAUACCGGUGCCCCAAGAGCAAGGGGCUCACUCGCAGAAAAGGACAGAUUUCAACAACGCGAGGCAGCGCAAGAGGCCAUGUAUAUUCGACAGCACGAGAUGGAAAAGCUUGAGCGCUUGCGCGCCAAAAUGAAGGAAUCGCAGAAACACAUUGCCGAGUUGGAUAAGCAUUUGGAAGAAUACGCCAAGACCCAGGGCGGCGAGCAGAAUUAG